AUGAUUCUCAAAGAGAAGAUCACCAAACGUCCUCAGCAUAUCACAUACUGCCCGAUACCCAAAAACAUGUCGACGGUGAUUUCAGCUAUUCUGUGCUGGCUCUUCAGCAAAGAAUUCAGGAACAACAAGGACAACAUCACCAUUACGAAUGACCACAAAAGAUCGUGCUACUACAAGAACGGUCUGCACUCGUUCGACCAGGUGAAGAAGUUGUCUCAUGGCGAGAAAUGGGUGAACUUUGCCAUGGUUCGCGAACCACAGGAACGCUUUCUCAGCGGGUUCAUGUUCAUGUGUACACCGAACAAUACUGUAAACAGUACAUGUGAAGGUUGCAUUGAUGACAUACGCUGUGCGCUCCUCACGACAAUCAAUCAGGCCCGAAGGUUCGCUGCCGGCGAUCUUUCUGCGAGAUCGUAUCUCUUAUGGCAUCUUGGACCACAGAACUGGCGCUGUCACUUCCGAAAGAAUAUGGAUGAUAUCCGGAUAUUCAAGUAUUCUCCUCAUGAUCAAAAAAGGACGCUAACAGACUUGACGGCAGUGCUGAGGGAGGGCGGUGUUGAUGAUUCGGACGUCAAUUUCAUUAUAUCCCACAUAUCGCAGCACAGUACAAGGCAUGCUACCUAUCACAACGAACGAGCUGAUUUUUUCCGGAAACAACUGAAAAAACAACAAAUGCAAAAGAUGCUUGUGGAGGUAACUACCUAA